UCCCAUUUAUGAUGUUAAAUCGCAUUGGCUUAAGUCAAACAAAGCCAUAGCAACCGUUAAAUCAACUAGUUAAAGUUUCUAGUGUUAUUCCUGCCACAUUUUCGCUAAACACCAACCAACAAUGAAACUCAACAUUUCGUUCCCCGCCACUGGGUGCCAGAAACUCGUCGAAAUCUGCGACGAGCCAAAACUCCGCAUCUUUUACGAGAAACGCAUGGGUCAGGAAAUCGACGCUAGUCCUUUAGGCGAGCAAUGGAAGGGCUACAUCUUGCGGAUAUCCGGAGGCAACGACAAACAAGGCUUUCCCAUGAAACAGGGCGUCCUCACCUCCACUCGCGUCCGUCUCCUGCUCUCAGGAGGCUCCUGCUACCGCCCCCGGCGCGACGGCCAACGCCGCAGGAAAUCGGUGAGAGGAUGCAUCGUGGAUGCCAAUUUGAGCGUUUUGUCUUUGGUGGUGGUGCGUAAAGGCGAUCGCGAUAUCCCGGGGCUGACCGACGUGACGGUGUUGCGGAGGUUGGGGCCGAAGAGGGCUUCGAAUAUCCGUAAGUUGUUUAAUUUGAGCAAGGAGGACGAUGUGAGGCAGUACGUGGUGAAGCGACCGCUUCCGGAGAAGGAAGGGAAGCGACAGAGGUUCAAGGCGCCGAAGAUCCAGAGGUUGGUCACACCAACGAGUUUGCAAAGGCAGAGGAGGAGAUUGGCGCUGAAGAAGCAGAGGAGUUUGAAGAAGAAGAUGCAACUGCAGGCUUUCCAUAAGUUGCUAGCGCAGAGGAAGAAGGAGUCCAAGGUUAGGAAGCAGGAGAUGAAGAGGCGCCGAUCGGUGAGCUUGUCCAGGAAGGAGGAAAAGUAGCUAUUUUUCAUUUUGUUUCGAUAUUUUUACUAAUGUUCACUGUAGGAUAAUUUUUGUGUUCUUUCAAUAAAUCGUUUCAGUUUCUGUUUUUGGUGAAAAUGCACAAAUCUAUUUCUAUUUAUAAAUAAAUUCAUAAAAUUGAUACCGAUAUCUGCCAUCACGUUAUUUUGGUAUUAAAACCUUUGUCCAAUAAUGCAAAUUUUAAGGGUUUCCAUUUGAAAAAAUAUAACUUCAUGUAAGCUAUAAUCUUUAGUGUAUAAUCUAGAAAAAAGAAAAAGGCAAUAUCUCUAAUAAUAAACAAGUUAUGGGGCGUCAGGUCAGGAUAUUCGGUAAAAUGUUCCUGCGUUCAAUUAACUGAUGCGUGAUUUAACCGUGGAAGUUUUUCCAAUACAAAAAUUUACUUUUCGAUCGAAAAGAACAAUUUUAUCCAAGGAUAGCAAUAGGGUUUUUUAUUUUCAUGAAUUGGUUAGUGCAGACUGCGACAAUAUGACAACGCUUGUGUUUGCUUCCACAUCUCGUUGCUUUUUGUUUUUCAAUGCUUUGAAUAAUGCAUAAACACAUAUACGUUUAAAAUUCAAGAAAACAGUUUGAAAGGAUAUUGUGUUAAAUGUGUGAUUUAAAGUGUUUUACAAACAUUUGUUUCAUAAAAGCACCACUCCUGUUUAAUAAACAUUGUACUAUAAAUGGUGAAGUUUAUAAGAAACUAGUAAUUUUUGUUUGUUUCUCUGCACAUUGAAAGGCUCUGAAUUAUAAUAUAAGUGAUGGGAGAAAAGGGAUCAUUUAAAUUUAAAUUAUUAACAAAACAUGAGAAAAUCAUUAAAACCUCGAUUAAAACUAAUUCCAACAGUGUUCGCGACAUUCUCUUGCCUAUUUUAUGGAUUAUGUGCUUAAAUAUUGCAUUUUCUUAUGAAUUAUAUCUUGUUCUAAACUAGAUUAAUUGCGUUGGAAGAAAAUAAAAGAAGGUAAAGAACUCACUCGUCGAAUAAAUUUAAAUAUUUGAUCUUGUACUUCUAGAGCUGGAAGAUUCGUUUUAAAUCAGUCUCCCCAUCUGUCUAAUUGGUAAUUAAAAACGCCUUUUUUAAGUUUUUCUUUAUUGUCUUUAUUCACUUUCCCCGCACCAGCUUACAGAUUACCACUUAUUUUAAAGACUUGAAAACACCAAUUAAUGCAAUUUAAGCCUUCAUGUCUGUGUAUAAACUACAAACAUUGUGGUUUAAUUUAAAGUUUCAAGAACGCGAAAAUGCUUUUGGUCUUUAAUUAAGGACAACCAAAAUUUACUCAUUUUAUUCUAGAGCGCUUGUUUAUAGCAACAGAAAAAUCGCCCUUCAAUCUUGAUUCCACCGUGAGCUCCCCAUCAAUUUAUCACUUAAUGAAUAAAAGACGCAGCCAAAGUGCCAUCACCUUGCUGUAAUGAAUAAAACCCCACACUUUGUAGCUUUCACAAAAUGCAUCAAAUUAAUCGCAUUAUUUUUCUUCAACAAAAAGUGCCUACAUUUAUAUUAUAAAGCUCAAGUGUCACGCAAAGCACAUUAGCAGAUACAUCAAUUAAUUAUUACAAGUGGCGCAGUUGAAUAUUUAUGUUUUAAUUCUUUGUUCGUAGUGACAUUUCUUCAGUGUUACUUUUAUGAUUUAUUAGGUAAUUUGUUUUUAAUUGGAUUUAUGACUGCGGAAAGUCAUCAAGAAUUGUUACACUCACUGUUGAGUAAUUCAUUUUUACGGUUGUGGCCUCAAAGCUUUGCCGUUUUUAUCGUUUUAAAAAUUAAUAAUGGUGGAAACUUCGUUAACAGCGAAUUUUCACCCAAAAUUUCGGCCGGAAAAUUACCCGCAACCACUGGGGAUGAGGGCAAGCGUCGAUUAUUCGAGCGUAAUAUGUCCCAAAACGCAGUGGUUGCACCCUUUUUGUUUAUUCAUUUGGAAUGUAUGAGUUUUGUUCACAAAUGGCAAAAGCGUUUUAUUAAUUUAUCAACUGAUUUUAAUGCCUGGCUUUAUAAAAUGGAAAUUCUUGCUCGGAACCACUUUUGUGGUAGAAAAACAUGAUGAAAUCUCUGGGAAUAUUUAAAAAGUUGGAGGCAGAAUUGUCGUGGCAACAGCUUUCGGCAGUCAAUAAAAAGAUUCGCAACAGCUGAGAUUUUGUUAUUAUUUUAUCUAGAACGCAGUAAUUUUGCCUGUUCUCUGCGAUGCUCCACAUAUUUGACGGGCACGACGAUUUUAAGAGGAUUUGCUUUUUAUAAAAACAUUGCCAAGUGGUUGACUCAUUAUUUUUCAACGUUGUGAAAUGCCAGGCUUUAGAAGGAGUAACAAAGGUCGGAGGGGAUUGUUUGAUAAAGACAAAGGUGUCCACAGGAUCACACAGAUUUAGGCUAACUCGGGAUCAAUAUCUGGGUGUUUCAGGAAACAUCACGUUAUAUCCUUUUAUUUAUUGUUUCACUGCCUUAUUUAUAAUCCAGCGGAGUUAAACUCUGUUAAAGUUAAACAAACUUCGAGUUUUAUUAAUUAGAUAGAGGACGGAAUGAUGUAUAACUUGCAUAACUAAUUCCAGGAGUAGCCUGUUAAAAAGUCCAACGUAAAUUUAAAUUGAAGCACAUACACAUCCACGCACACAUUCAAGGAUUCAAAUUUAUUUGCUACAAAAAAUUUAAUUCCAUACUUUAGUGUUAACGCUAGAGCGAGGAGAUAAAUUCAUUCAAAGAUGAAUCAUUUGCGGGGGUGGAAUACGUAAUUUGACUUUAUAACUAUUUCAAUUUCUUCAACUUUAAACUUUCUCGAAAAAUGAAAGGCGAUAAGUUUAAAAAAAUAUUACCUAUUUUUUAUUAAAUUCAGUGUACGUAUAUUUGGCCCCUGAGGCGUGAAAUCAACUUGGAAAUUGGAUGAAACUAAGCGACUAAUAACUAUUAUCCUUAUUUAUACAACGUGUUUCAAAGCGUGCGUAUACAUAGAGAAAAUACGUUUAAUUUCCUCUGGCUUGUUCCUGCUUAACAAUUUAAUCUUAUUUCCAUGUUUUCUGGAUAGUUUAACGAGAUAUGCAACAAGAUGGAUACACCGAAAAAUAAAAUAAAUAAAACCCUAGAUAGGUACUGCAAAAUCUCAAAUCAUUGCUUUUUCAUUUUUUUAUGAUUUAUUUUAGAAAAAAUAACAUUACAACUUUACAAGUCGUACAUUUUCUGAAGAAAUAAGUAACUAGUCUAUUUGUAGCACACAUAUUUUCUCAAAUGCCAAAGUUAAUAAAAAUUUCCGUUAUUUGAAAGCUACUCGUCCAUCUUUGCAUCGAUAACUUUAAAUUUUGAACGAUUCGAGCCGGCUGACCCCAUUUCUUAUUCGUUUCCUUGAUUGCAUUUAAAAAUUGAAAAUAACGAGCGAUUAUCGUCUCGUACGUUUGACUGGCAAUCCGAAUGUAUUAUCGCGCCUCAGUAUGUAAAUAUAAAGCAAAGCAACUUAUCAGCGGCUAUUAUAAAAAUCAUUUCGAAAUAAAAAGUUACGACGUCCGAUAACGCCUUGGAUAAUUAAUAAUAAUAGCAGCGUGGAUUUUUAUGCAUAUUUACCUCUUCGAGUUGCACAACAUUAUCAAGAGGAUAUGCAAAUAGACCAAGUGUGACAGAAAUAUUGUAUCAACAACUUUCUCUCCUUCUGACACAAAUGUCAGUAGCGGCGAAAAAUUAUCGCGGUAUUGAAGAUAAGAAUUUCAUAAACAAAAAGUGGGAAUCCUACAGACUUGAAAUUCCUAUAAAUCCUCAAAGAAACCACUUCUGUUGGUGUAGUUCGUCAAAGGAAAACUACAGAAUGGUGCGUGUUGUGUUUGCUUUCUGUGUCAUUAUUGCCAGCGCUCUGGCGAUAGAAUCAAAUUUUUACAGAGAAGAGGCGUGCGCCAAAGUGGGGGGAUAUUGUGUCCUGCAAUCUGAAUGUCCACAUUCAGUAAGUGACGACCAAAAAGGCCUCUGUGCUGGCCAGAAAAAGGACGGUGCAGUUUGCUGCCCAAACUUUCCAGAGCAAGAUGUGAACUGCCACCAACUCCACCACGGUUGUUCCGAUCGUUGCCCCAAAAAUCUAAGUCUAGGGCGUAAAGGGUGCACUGAUGGCAAAACUUGUUGUGUUCUAGUUGUAUAAAUGUAAGAAAGGAAUAAAGAAUUUAUUGGUUUAUGA